AGAAAAUGAAACUAGACUCUUUUUUCCUGUCUGACUAAAUUCCACAUUGUUUGGGAAGAUUCUGCGGCGAUCACAGCAGUGUGGCCAUGGGGAUGAAUAUUGUUUGUUGCCCAUCAUUCCAUUCUAUGUGAAGUGGCUCCGGCCAAUAUGGUCGCCGACAACUGAGAACGUGCCAUCAACGAGAAGCCCAUGAAGAGCUCUCAGCUAAAAACCCAAAAGGUUAUUGCGCUUUUGCUCAUUUUUUUACUCAGAAAUUUUAUUUUCAUCGCUGAAAAAUGCUUCAGAUGACCAGAAUGAGAAAAUUUCACGUUGACGAUACUCUUGUUGAUAGCAAAAUUGUGACCACGUUGUCGUAGGACCAGGAUCGUUGACAGCUUGGAACACGCACUAGGUAUAGAGGGCGACGCCUUGUAGCCCUGGCCUUUAGGCCUAAGUGUAGGUUAGGGGUGUCUACUGUGCAAGUAGUCAAUGGACAGACUUAUGUAAGGGUAGACGUAGGCCUAGGCUAAGUUCAAGGGUCAAGCGUUGGGCCGGGAUGAGAGGCAUUUCCAUAUCGACAUUCCGAGUCGUGGUCGAUUUGCCACCAUCUAUGACGAAGACAAGUGUUACUGGUGGGAAUUUGUUUGCCUAGUUACCAGCCAUAUUACUCCCUUUCCUUUUAUAGCCAAUGAAGACAUGUGAUUUCUUAAAGCUAUCUAUGGAAGAAGUAGCUGCUGCAUUUUCACAUAAUGCUUUUACACUUACUCUACCAAACAACAAAAGUUGUCCAGUAGUGUGAGUCAUGCUUAUUGACAUGUCCCACUGGGCUGAUUUUCUCCUUUGAAUUUAUCAAGUUAGAAAAUUAACCAUGCCCCACAUUAUCAAGGCUCAUUGACUUUCAAUGCCUUGCUGAGAGCCUCCAUUGUUAACCUGAACUCUGUCUUUAUGAAAGUCCUUGUAUCUCCCUAUUAUGCUAGUAGCUUCCCCGGAACUCUUUCCAGAGCCAUUUAAUCUCUUUUAUUUGCAGGCCUCAGAAAUUGGAUGCAAUUUGUAUGAAACUGCCUCAUCAAAACUGUGUACUAUGAAAGAAAAAUGUGUACGCUCUUAUUGGUGCCUGAAUGCCAGAGGAUGCCAAGUACUAUUUUAAAUUUAGCUAACUUUGUCUGGAUAUAUUCUUUCAUUUUAGUCCCUUAUUGAUAACCCCAAAUUCCCUUUCCUCUUUUUCUUUCUAUCCUAACUAAAUACAUUCAGCUACUCAUUGUUAGGGCCAAUAAUGAAGAACUUUCCAUCUACCUUUAUAAUACUUUAUCAGCCAUUUUUUUACCCCACUCAUCCAUGAGCCAUAAGCCCCACUUAGCUCUUGCCUUAUCCUCUUCUUCAUUUUUGCUGUAAAUUUAUUUCUUUCUUCACGAGGCACUCAUCUAAAUCAUUAUUGUAAAUGACAAACAGAAGUGACCCCAAGAAGGAGCCCCUGGAGGACUCCACUCAUGACUCCAUCCAUCAGGAGACGUUUCCCCAUUGCAAUUACUCUCUACUCUCUCCCUAACAACCAGGCUCUGAAUGCAGCUCAACGCCAAGGGGUCCCUGUAGAGACAACAAAGAAAUUCAAUGCAGGUACUAACAAGCAUACAGGGACCACUUUGAACACCACACGUUUGGACCGAGAGACUGAAGAGUUGAAACAUGAUAAGGUGACUCUCGAUGUUGGACGCUUGAUUCAGCAAGGACGGCAGGCGAAGAAUAUGACACAAAAGGACCUUGCCACAAGAAUCAACGAAAAACCUCAGGUGAUAAACGACUAUGAAGCUGGUCGAGCUAUUCCAAACCAGGCCAUCAUGGGAAAGAUAGAACGGAUACUAGGAAAAGAACUGCCAAUAGCCUUGCAAUUGGCAGAAUCAAGCUUCGUGGCAAAGAAAAAGGAAAAGCAAAUAUGCCUCCUGGGUCAAAGGAUUGAGUGCUCCUCGCUCUUUGUCACCCAGGAGGCAAGUGAAAAAAAAAACAUCUGUCCUUGGAUGUCUACUGGGAGACUUUUCCCUGGCAGUGAUCUUUCAUACCCCCUCAUCAUUUCUCAUGUUCUUUUGGGAAGUUGUUGGCUUUUUUUGCAGGUGACUUCCUUAUGGUGUUGGCAUCCCUUCGACUAUCCAUUGCUAUCUCUGCAGUGAAACUUUCAUGUUUCUGUUUCUCAUCUUUGAAAUAGUCUCUCAUGUGUGAUGCAUAAUUUGGAGUAAAAUUUGGAGUAAUAACUUUG